UCUUGCGGCUGAGAGAUUUAGCAAAGCAACCCAACACUUUUGUGUUUCAAUCACAGAUUCUCCUGUGUACGAUAUGUAGCAAUACCCUUCUCAGAAACCGAAAACCUCCAAACCCAACAUUUUUCUCCCAAUGCUGACUAUAACAUCAUGCAUGUUACUCAUUUUUCAGUUCAUUUCUUUCUUUUCGUACUCUUCUGCUUACUCCUUCACUGUUACUAAUAACUGCCCACAUCCUAUAUGGCCCGGCACACUUGCCGGUUCGGGAACGCCACAACUUCCGACAACAGGAUUGCAAUUGGAUUCCGGCCAAAGUGUGACAAUUCCAUCAGUCCCAGGAUGGUCGGGUCGGAUUUGGGCAAGAACAGGCUGCUCAUUUGAUGAGUUCGGAGCUGGUUCGUGUCAAACAGGGGACUGCGGGGGCAGGUUGGAGUGUGACGGCAUGGGGGCUACUCCUCCUGCAUCACUCUUCGAGAUAACCCUUGGUGCAGGCAAUGAGAGAGAUUUCUACGACGUCAGCAUCGUCGACGGUUACAAUCUGCCGGUCAUUGCUGCGGCCCGUGGGGUUUACGGUGCAUGCAAUGUCACCGGCUGUGUUUCGGACAUCAACAUGGGUUGUCCAAAAGAACUUCAAGUGGUUGGUGAGGAUGGUGGAGAGGAAGGAGGAGUAAUUGGAUGCAAGAGUGCAUGUGAGGCAUUUGGGCUGGACCAGUACUGCUGCAGCGGGGAGUUUGCCAACCCGAACACAUGCCGGCCCUCAUUCUAUUCAACGAUCUUCAAGAGAGCUUGUCCAAGGGCUUAUAGCUAUGCAUUCGAUGAUGGAACAAGCACUUUCACAUGCAAGGCUUAUGAUUAUGCCAUCGUCUUCUGCCCCAAUAUCGACUAUCCCAAUGGCAAUGGAAUGAAGAGAUCAGAUGGUGCACUUACAGCUCCACCAGCGGAAGAACACAGCAGCGGGGAGGUUGCAGGGGUGGUUUCCUCCUCAAACAUUCUUUUCCCCCUUCCAUUGUCAAUCAUCAUCUUCAUCUUUAAUUUAUUCCUCUAUACAUGCUGAAUGAGACACCUUUACAUUCAUAGAAAGGCUGUAGAAUAGAAUCAAAAAUGCACUUUUUUUUUAUAAAGUAGAAUCAAAAUGCACCUUGACUGGAGAGGAUGCUGAAGAAAGAAAGUUUAAGCUCUAAUUCUAGCGGAAGAGCUGAAUAUGUAUCAAAAAAUUCUCAAGUCAAGUCCAACGAAGCUUAUCAAGCUCCAUAGAGACUAUCUUCAGACUUGUACUCCAUCCUUAAAAAUAAUGCAAUGAUAUAAAUCAAUUGUUUUACGAUC